UCUUGUCGUGAUUUCUUCUUUACUCUUUCUGUCUAGCCUCUUCCAGGUCUUUUUUGCCUUCCCCUGGUGAAUGAGCCCACCCUGUGCCCAGUUCGCCUGUCAACUUACUGCCUAAUCCUCCAUAUUAACUGCUGCCGUUUGCACACCUUCCUCCUUUCCAGCCAGCUUUGUCUCCUUGAACCUGUACUAUCCCCGAGUUCUCUCCCCUCGCCGUCUUCUUGGGGAAAUUGUCGGUUAAACGCCAUCCAUUGUUUAUAUAUAUAUCUUUGUUACUAUUUCUCAUCCGCGGAUUUAGUGUUGGCGUACACACUUGAACCACCGAGGCAUACCUACCUACUCCGGCAUAGGUAAUCUAUCGAACUUGACCUGAUUCGAACGUCAUCGACUUCAUUUUGAUCGCCAACGACAGCUCGAUCUAUAAAGGUCAAGUGCUUCGUUGAAUACCAUAACUCGUUGCUGUACAUUGCAUGUGAAGGAAGACUGCGACAGGCGUGUUGGGCGACUAAGGAGGACGUCUUUUCUUUCGCUUGUCUCGUAGGAGCUGUGGAAAAAUUUGUUUUCCAGCACCAGCACCGAUGCCCAUCAAGCUUCCUAAGGGGUUCGCGCGGCGGAAGUCAUCUGCCAAUGCCUUAGAAGAGUUGGAGAAUAAUCCUCAGCCAUCUUUCCGGGUAAUCGAACGUCACACUAAUGAGGGGAGGUCGUUUGAAGGGGGUGCAUCGAGGGGGCAAUUGGAGGAAUCGGACAAUAUCUUCGCCGGAAUUGAACCGCCUUUUGCCAAACUUCGUGGUAGCAAAGGCACUGACCACACGGCGUCUACUGGACGUAUGUACGAGAGCUCAUCGUCGACACGGUUCAGCUCAUCGUCCACCCUUCCUUCGUCUGCAGAUGCUCCAGCAAAUGACGAUGUCGUCCCGCCACCUCCGAGAAAUCAUCAUGACCGUCCCAUGACUCCGUUGGCUGGUGCGCUGCGUGCGGCAGGUCGCACAUUUUCCUUUGGUGGAAGAAUCUCCAAGUCAUCAGCACCCGCGCCUGCGCCACAGCCUUCUGGUCCAUCGAGGAGCAGGGCAAUGACGGCUAGCACGACCAGCACUGCUACUCCGCCGAAAUUACCGGACCAUGAUCUGAACCUUGGUGGGUUUGAUGAUGGCUUCAGAGAUGUAUUCAGUGCUUUUGGAAAACGGGAAAGUGUCGCCUUGCAGGAACCCUUUUCUAAUAAAAACAUGGACACGGUAUUAAAUCACCCAUAACAGGCCAUCCCCCGUUCUCCGCACACCAGAACCUGUACGCUAAUGGCCUAUAGUAUCCUCCACCUCUCCGGGGUUAUCCACCAAAAGAAUUCCAGAAAGAUGAAAUAUCGCAAUUGCCAUCUACGAGCGCAGCUGUUCCACGUCCACGUCUCUCAUGGUCCAGCCACCAAUCCGAAGACGAAUUAUUAAGUAACCCUGACUCUCGGCCAGGAAACACCAUCGCACCAACAACAGGUCCGCGCCAUGCUUUUACCAUGCCAUUAGACGACGGGGAGAAGCCGCUACCAUCACCUGCGCCAAAGCCCAUUCCGACAACUUCUCAUCGCUCUCUUGAGAAGCCUGUGACAGGCUCCGGAAAAACCCUGAGGCGGAGCCUCAUGUGGACUAACAUGCGGGAGCCUUCGUCACCGGUUGAUGAUGCAGAUGCCAAGAUCGUUAGGGAAUCUCUCCUUGGGAACAAAGAAGCCUCUAAAUCACCAGGAUCACCGAGUUAUGAGAGUGAUGAUGUGAACAAUGAGGAAUCGCUUUUCGAAGGUCGAGAGAAUACGGUCGUAAACCGAUACAAACCGGAAUCGGAUUCUACUCCUCGACCUUCCCAUACAUCUGAAUUCACUGAGAUUCAACUGGAUAAUUCUAUGGCAGCCCAUGCAAGGCUCGCAGCGCAAUAUGAGGAACGUGUUCCGAGAUCCCCUUCUCCGCCGAAUAAGAUCAUGACACCCUCUCAAUUUGAGCAUUACAGACAGCAGCAGGAACUUAGAAGGUCUAAUAGCGAUGCGUCCAGGAGUGACGAUUCCGACGAGAGUGAUUUUGAUGAAGACGAUGAGGCAGAGAAAAACCGCGAGGCAGAAAGACAGAGGCGCCAGCAGGAAGCCCGUCUAUCCGUCUAUCGUCAGCAAAUGAUGAAAGUGACGGGACAACAGUCUCCCCCCUCGUUAUCACUUCGUCCAGAAAUGAGCAGCAGUACGCCUAAUCUAGCACCCCCAACUUCGAACUCGGGCCCCAAGCCCGAUAGUGGGAAGAGUAGUGACGCAGAUGAUGAUGAAGAGAUUCCCCUUGGAAUUCUGGCGGCACACGGUUUCCCUAAUAGGAAUCGUCCUCCAUCUCGCCUUGUCUCAUCCGCCUCUAUACCAAACUUGCGUGCUUCACUGCAACCGUCGUAUGCUGCUCCGGGUUCAGCCGCAGACCAUAACCUGGGCAACAGAGGCAGUUUGCCCGUGUUUGCAAGGAAUCUACCCCGCGAUCCCUACUUUGGAGCAAGUUUGGUCAAUCCUCCAAACAGAGAAUCACUGGCUAUGGGUGGAGGCUCACCAGCGUACGGAGGUCCCCCGCCGCCACUACACCCUGGUGGACUUGUCGGAGUGAUCGCCACUGAAGAACGAGCUAGAGCAACAAGAAGAGGAAGUCCAAGCGCCAUGCCCCAGACCCCUAGCGGUGUACCUAGGCCUUUUACGAUGAUGAACAUGAAUAUGCCUAGUGCCCCCGCUCCGCAGUCGGUACCCACACCUACAGAACAAGCACAGAUCCAGCUCUCUCAACAAAUGAGUAAAAUGGUGCAAAUGCAGAUGCAGAUGAUGCAGCAGAUGAUGCAGAUGCAGGGUGGACACCCUGUACAAGGGCAUCCUCAGUUACCGAUACCUAAGCAUUUUCCUUCUCCUUCGUUGGCCGGCCCAAACAUGAGACCGGCGUCUGUUCACGCAACUGGAGGAUUUAGCAAUCCUCCUACCCGUACUCCUCAAGUUGAUCACCGGACACUUAGUAUGCUUGAUUCUAACAUGCCACAUCCAUGGGACGGUUCACCUAUGCCGUUUAACCCAGCUAGUAACAACCGGGCAAGCACAAUGACCGGGCAAGGUUAUGCGCCAUCAAUUGCUCCCUCAGAACGGAGCAACAUUGGGAUGGCUUCUCGAUAUCGCCCUAUUUCUACGGUACAACCAGAACAAGGCUUUAACAAGCGGGCCUCCACAUUCACUUCUUCUACAUUAAAGCCAUGGAACGAUGAACAUCACAGAAUGUCUAUUUUAGCUGAAUCACCAGCUCAGGCGCAUUUAGAGAAGUCGGCUUCAGGAUCGACCUUGGCCGCUCGUCCAAUAACGAGCGACAGCAGAACCACUGCCGCUGGAAAGCAAAGCGUUCCUAUUGGGUCGGACGACGAUGAUGAUGACGAGGGCUGGGCUGAAAUGAUGAAGAAACGAGAGAAGAAGAAAAGCAGUUGGAAAAUGAAGAGAGAGACAACAUCCUUGGGCGAGCUGCUAAGCCCUGUGCACUGAAAGCAAAAAUGCUGGCGUCUGAUGUGCGAACGAAUGCAUAUUCAACAUCCCAAGCUCACUUGACUUUCUGAUUCUAAUAUAUUCACUCCACCUACUUGUGCCUGGCAUAUAUCUUGUUCUAAUAUUAUUUAUACUAUACCUAAGAUUGGCCUAUGUUGAAAUUUUCAUUUUUUAGAGCGGCUGUUGCGCGUUGGGGGUUUUGGAUAAAAAUCAUUUGUCUUGUUUGAUUUUAUGAUAAUCUUAAUUCUGUUUCGGGAUGGAAUAGAGAAUGGUGUUUGAAUAACCAACUUUAUAUCUUCUUUUCCCACUCAAGCUAGCUGUGUCUUAUAUGGUCGAGGCAUACUAUGUAUGUACGUUGCACUGUGCAUUGCUCAUCUGACUUCCAUCUCAUCUGGAAGUGCAUGUACAUAUAUAUCCGGUUAUUGUUGGAAUAGAUCAGGUAGGCUAUUUUUCAAAUGCUUCUUGUAUAAAACCU